AUGAAGGAAGAAGAGCUGCAUGCAGCAGCCCUGGAAGGUUUGCGGCAGGCGAACUUGAACUUUGACCCAGUUCUCAAGCGCUACUUUGACCCUGACCUCAAUCUGUACUACGAUCCAACUGAUAGAAGUUAUUUUGAUAAGCGCAGCGGAAAGGGGCGCGGUUACUUAAAAACCGUUGACAAGUAUUAUCGCAAGACAGAAGCCGGCGAACUGAUCGAAACGCAUACGGAUCCAGCUUAUGACAAUAAAAUUCUAUCUGAAGAGUCAGAUGAUGAAAACGAAAGUGGAGAAGAUGAACCGACCGAGGAGCAAAAGGCAGAUUUGGCCAGUAGAAAAGUUGCUGAUCCCUACAGUCUGAUUGAUUUCACUUCCCUCGAGCCUCCACCGCCACCGCCAGAGGAAGACUUGAAGAUGAAGGAAGAGGAAAGAGACGAGCCAGUCUAUUAUGGCGAGAAUAUUAGAGCUAUGAUUAUGGCAUCCGACACGGUUCAGCUUGGUAAGCUGACGAUCAUCACAGAGCUUGGGUGCAUCAUUGGAUCUGGACAGGAGGCACAAAUCCGAAUAAAAGAAGAUCAUGUCCAGCCUAGACACGUGGUUAUUCAGCAUCGCACAAUUCCGAGCUUGGAGCCGAAUCCCGAGACAUAUUUUGAAAUCCAAUUUAAUGCGUUCGGACAGCUCAAUGGGCAAUUAAAGCCCGCCGAGCAUCGUGAAAGAGUGCGACACAUGGACAGGGUAAAGGUCGGCACGACAAUCAUCAUUCUUCAUGUUCACGAGCCAGGCGAAACGUGCGAUGCUUGCCGCUCAAGCGAUAUCAUUUCCGAGCUGCCGGAAACUCUUCAAAGUGGAAUGUUGGAUGGAGAAAUGCAAAAGGCGUUUUUGGAGCAAAGCGAGGCGGAGCGUAUUCGAGAGUUUUACAACUUCGAUCGCUACUGCUGGGGACCGGGAAUGUGUAAAGCAGCUCAAGAACAGCUAGCUCAACGAGAAGAGAAGAAAGCUUUGAAAAAACUAGAAGCUACCAAGGCGAAAUUAGAGCGUGCAAAUGAAAUCGCCGCUCGAAAAGAAGCCGGCGAAGUUAAGAAGACCAAGAGAUUAGGCAGCAAAGCUUUCCCUGGCAUGAAAAAUAUCGGCCAAGAUCGCGACCCAGUCGCCCUCGCCUGGUACAACGAUGCUACUGGAGAGGGAGAAGUUGGACCAGAAAAGCCCAAUGUCAACCGACGUGAAUACGUUCCGCGCUCUCGCAAACGCAGAAAACAGAUGAACGAGUCUAAUGAAUUGGAAAGGGCAGCUGUCAAAUAUGACGACGCGCAGAAAAAUCGUGUUUGCGGGCCAGGACUUGAGGACUUCGUCACUGGACAAGUGGAAGAAAAAACAUUUCGAGACUACCAGGGCAAACUCAAACUCGAUAUACCGAAGGGAAAAUCAUUCCAGAAGAUCAAGCAAGGUCUUAGAAGCUCAGGACUUGCCACCGUUUGCGAGGAAGCUAGAUGCCCAAAUAUUGGCGAGUGUUGGGGAGGUGGAGAAGGUUCAGCAACAGCCACAAUAAUGGUCAUGGGAGACACUUGUACUAGAGGUUGCCGUUUUUGCUCUGUCAAAACUUCCCGUAAUCCCGGUCCGCUUAAUCCCAACGAACCCAUUGAAACAGCUCAGAGAAUAAAAUCUUGGGACAUUGGUUACAUCGUCAUAACGUCCGUAGAUCGAGACGAUAUUCCCGAUGGUGGGGCCAGCCAUUUUGCAGAAGUGGUGAAACAAGUCAAAAAAGAGAACCCCGAUCUGUUAGUAGAAUGUCUUCUUCCAGAUUGGAGGGGUGACUUGGAUUGUGUCGAUGUCACAGCAAAUUCGGGACUCGAUGUUUACGCUCACAAUGUUGAAACUGUCAAAAGACUUCAGAAGUUCGUCAGAGACCCGCGAGCUGGAUAUGAACAGUCUCUUCUGACGCUAGAAGAAGCCAAAAAGCGUGGACCUCCUGGCCUAGUUACAAAGACUUCUCUUAUGCUCGGUAUGGGCGAAACAGAUGAAGAAAUUCUCCAAACGAUGAAGGACUUGCGAUCAAUUGGUGUCGAUUGUAUUACGUUCGGACAGUACAUGCAGCCGACUAAGAGGCACAUGAAAGUAGAGGAAUAUGUUCAUCCGGAUAAAUUCGCCAUGUGGGAGAAAAUAGGACUUGAACUUGGAUUUGCAUAUGUUCCCUCCGGGCCUUUAGUCAGAUCAUCAUACAAAGCAGGUGAAUUCUUUCUCAAAACAUUCGUCGAAAGGCGCAAACAACAACACAAUGUAUCCGUGUGA